AUGGCUGCACAAUUAGAUCCUGAAUUGCAGGACAAGCUCGAGGAGCUGGAAAAGGAGUUGGAGGAAGGCGAUAUCACAGAGAAAGGAUACCAGAAGCGACGCACGCAGCUCUUUUCUAUAUAUAUGGGCCCUGGGUCUGCCAGUGCUCCCGCUGUUGCCAAACCCCGAGGCGGCUUGGGCAUACACGAUCCAGACCACCCCGGACACCCUUCUAGCGAUGGCCACCGUGCAGCAGCUCUCGCCGCGCUCGGCGGCAGAGACUCCGAUCCCACGAGUCCGACAUCCCCCGCCUCAUACCGCCCACAGUCGCCAUUCGGUGGUCAUGGCUCAGGCCACGGCUCCGGUCACGGCUCUGGUCACGGCUCCGGUCCUGGCUCCGGCGGCUACGCAUCGCCCGGGUACCAAUCACCCAGAGUUGGCUAUACCUCCCCCGACAUGAAUCCUGCGGGUCUCCUUCGACCUGGCGGUCCUCUCGCCGAACACCGCCCGAACAUGAAGCAGCACGACUCGCUCUUCCUCGGCGCCGGCAACGAGCCACCGACCCGAUCGGGCACCAUGGUCUCGACCGAUUAUGCCUUUAAUCCCGACCAGCAGGGACAAUACGUCGACCAGCACGCGCAAAACCCAUACGAUAGCCGGACGGGCACGAUGCUUGAUUCGACUGGAUACUUCUCAGGGUUUACCGGCGGGCAGAAUUUUGAGCAGGGACAGAGUUACGACCAACAAGGUUACGAUCAAAACGGCCAAGAAGAAUAUGGUGGAGGACACAGAUAUUCGUCAGGAGAGGCAUUCUCGCCAACGGCCGCCAUGGCGCCGCCCAUGCUCACGGCAAACGACCUUCCCCCGCCAGAAGUGCUCGAGUACCAGAUGCCACUAGAACCCCGCGAUCUUCCGUUUGCGAUAUCCGACCCGCACGACAGCAACACCCCCAUGUCCAAGUUUGAUAACAUCGCCGCAGUUCUGAGGCACAGAGGCAAGACGAUGGCGAAGUUGCCUGCGUAUUGGGUCCUGGACAGCAAAGGCAAAGAAAUAGCCUCCAUCACGUGGGACAAGCUUGCUUCAAGAGCCGAAAAGGUGGCACAGGUCAUUCGGGACAAGAGCUCGCUGUACCGCGGCGAUCGCGUUGCCCUGAUUUACCGCGACACAGAAGUCAUUGACUUUGCUAUUGCUCUGCUUGGAUGCUUCAUUGCUGGCGUCGUCGCUGUGCCAAUCAACGAUUUGCAAGACUAUCAGAAGCUGAACCUGAUCCUCACGUCGACGCAGGCACACUUGGCGCUCACGACCGACAACAAUCUCAAGGCUUUCCAGCGCGACAUAACAACACAGAAGCUUAACUGGCCAAAAGGGGUCGAAUGGUGGAAGACGAACGAGUUUGGCAGUUUUCACCCCAAGCGCAAAGAUGAUGUCCCGCCUUUGACGGUGCCAGACUUGGCGUACAUUGAGUUCUCGCGAGCGCCCACCGGUGAUCUGCGAGGCGUGGUUCUGAGUCACAGAACAGUGAUGCACCAGAUGGCCUGCUUAAGUGCUGUCGUCACGACGGUGCCAGGAAACGGACCUGGCGAUACCUUCAGCCGAACAUUGCGCGACAAGAAUGGCCGGCUCAUCGGCGCUGGAGCGACCAGCGAGACGCUCCUAUCAUACCUGGAUCCUCGACAGGGUAUAGGCAUGAUUUUGGGCGUCCUUCUCACCGUCUACGGAGGUCAUACAACUGUGUGGGUUGAGAACAAGGCCGUCGAAGUGCCGGGGCUUUACGCUCAUCUCAUCACCAAGUACAAGGCCACACUGAUGAUUGCCGACUACCCAGGCUUGAAGCGCGCCGCCUACAAUUACCAAUCAGACCCUAUGACAACGCGAAAUUUCAAAAAGGGAAUGGAGCCCAACUUCCAGACGGUCAAAUUAUGCCUAAUCGACACCCUCACGGUUGAUGGUGAAUUCCACGAAGUACUGGCGGAUAGAUGGUUAAGGCCACUCCGAAACCCGCGAGCACGUGAGGUCGUCGCGCCAAUGCUCUGCCUACCAGAGCACGGCGGCAUGGUCAUCAGUAUUCGCGACUGGCUAGGAGGCGAAGAGCGGAUGGGCUGCCCCUUGAAGCUGGACAUGGGCUCCGAUAUUGACUCUGACGUAGAAGAGAAGGAAGAGGUCAAGCUUGCGCCCUCUAACGGUUUCGGCAGUCUUUUGGGAGGCGGCGGCACCACCACCACAGAGCAGCGCGCUAAGAACGAACUGAGUGAGGUGCUCCUCGACAGAGAGGCUUUGAAAACGAAUGACGUGGUGGUAGUGGCAAUCGGAGACGAAGCGCGAAAACGAGCAGCUAACGAACAGGGCACUGUUCGCAUCGGUGCUUUUGGAUACCCUAUACCCGAUGCCACCCUCGCCGUUGUCGAUCCGGAGACGGGCUUGCUGGCAUCACCACACUCUGUCGGAGAAAUCUGGGUAGAUUCACCAUCGCUAUCAGGAGGCUUCUGGGCUCUGCCAAAACACACGGAGCAAAUAUUCCACGCCCGACCGUACAAGUUUGACCCCGGCGAGCCCACACCGACUGUCGUAGAACCCGAAUUUCUGAGAACCGGCCUACUAGGUACCGUCAUCGAGGGCAAGCUGUUUGUGCUUGGCCUCUACGAAGAUCGCAUUCGUCAGAAGGUCGAAUGGGUCGAGCACGGCACCGAGGUAGCGGAGUACCGGUACUUCUUUGUCCAGCACCUCGUCGUCAGCAUUGUCAAGAAUGUGCCCAAGAUCUACGACUGCUCUGCCUUUGACGUGUUUGUCAACGAGGAGCAUCUGCCAAUUGUGGUCUUGGAAUCACCGGCUGCAUCGACCGCACCUUUGACUUCUGGCGGGCCGCCCAGGCAACUCGACACUGCGCUGCUUGACUCUCUCGCUGAGAGGUGUAUGGAUGUACUGAUGCAGGAACACCACUUGAGGCUUUACUGCGUUAUGAUCACGGCACCGAACUCUCUACCAAGGGUAGUUAAGAACGGACGUAGGGACAUCGGCAAUAUGCUUUGUAGAAGAGACUUCGACCUCGGUAACUUGCCCUGUGUUCAUGUCAAGUUUGGUGUUGAGCACGCGGUGCUCAAUCUUCCCAUCGGAGUCGACCCUAUUGGAGGCAUUUGGUCUCCCAUCUCAUCAGACUCGCGUGCUGCGAUUCUCAUAUCAUCUGACAAGCAAUACUCGGGUAUCGAUCGAAGAGAAGUUGUCAUUGACGAUCGCACUUCAACGCCACUGAACAACUUCUCCUGCAUUACCGACCUCAUACAGUGGCGUGUUGCCCGUCAGCCCGAGGAACUAGCCUACUGCACCAUUGAUGGUCGCGGCAGAGAAGGCAAGGGCGUGACUUGGAAGAAGUUCGACACCAAGGUUGCCGCCGUGGCCUUGUACCUCAAGAACAAGGUCAAGGUUCGCCCUGGCGACCAUCUCAUUCUGAUGUACACGCACUCUGAGGAGUUCGUCUACGCCGUCCAUGCCUGUAUCAACUUGGGCGCCGUUGUCAUUCCGUUGGCUCCUCUAGACCAGAACCGACUUAAUGAGGACGUGCCAGCAUUCUUGCACGUCGUCGCCGACUUCCGUGUCAAGGCUAUUCUGGUCAACCACGAAGUUGAUCACUUGGUCAAGCUGAAGCUGGUGUCUAACCACGUCAAGCAAGCUGCUUCCAUUCUCAAGAUCGGGGUGCCGAAUUACUACAAUACCACCAAGCCCCCAAAGCAAAGCAGUGGCUUGCGCGAUAACGGGAUCACUAUGCAGCCCGCCUGGAUCCAGACUGGUUAUCCUGUAAUUAUCUGGACCUACUGGACGCCCGAUCAGCGCCGUAUCGCGGUUCAGCUUGAACACGACACCAUUUUGGGCAUGUGCAAGGUCCAGAAGGAGACUUGCCAAAUGACGAGUUCUCGCCCUGUCCUGGGAUGCGUGCGUAGCACGACUGGCCUAGGCUUCAUUCACUCAUGCUUGAUGGGCAUCUACAUUGGCACCCCCACAUACCUCCUCUCGCCAGUCGAGUUUGCGCAAAAUCCAAUGUCUCUAUUUGUGACUCUCUCUAGGUAUAAGAUCAAAGACACUUACGCGACGCCACAAAUGUUGGAUCACGCCAUGGCCACGAUGCAGGGCAAGGGGUUCACGCUCCACGAGCUCAAGAACUUGAUGAUCUCGGCCGAAAGUAGACCACGCGUGGACGUAUUCCAAAAGGUACGGCUCCAUUUCGCGGCUACUGGCCUCGACCGAACCGCCAUCAACACCGUCUACUCUCACGUGCUCAACCCCAUGGUCGCAUCGAGGUCGUACAUGUGCAUUGAGCCUAUCGAGCUCUGGUUGGACACAAAGGCACUGCGCCGCGGUCUGAUCUACCCUGUAGAUCCCGAGCAGGAUCCUAAGGCGCUCCUGCUCCAGGACUCCGGAAUGGUGCCUGUCUCUACCCAAAUUGCCAUUGUCAACCCCGAGAGCCGCUUGCUCUGCCACGAUGGCGAGUACGGAGAGAUUUGGGUUGACUCGGAGGCUUGUGUCAAGGCAUUCUACGGCUCAAAGGAUGUGUUUGACGCUGAGAGAUUCGACGGCCGUACGGUAGAUGGCGAUCCUAGCAUCCAAUACGUCCGCACGGGCGACUUGGGUUUCUUGCACAACGUUAGCAGGCCUAUUGGCCCUGCAGGCGCCCAGGUCGAUAUGCAGGUCUUGUUCGUUCUUGGUAACAUUGGAGAAACGUUUGAGAUCAAUGGUCUCAGCCACUUCCCCAUGGACAUCGAGGCUUCUGUGGAACGAUGCCACCGCAACAUCGUCGCCGGUGGAUGCGCUGUCUUCCAAGCUGGCGGCCUCGUCGUUCUCCUUGCCGAGAUUACGCGAAAGGCUUACCUUGGUUCUGUCGUGCCAGUUAUUGUCAACGCGAUCCUCAACGAACACCAGAUCAUUGUCGAUAUCGUUGCAUUCGUCAACAAGGGUGAUUUCCCACGGUCGCGUCUCGGCGAGAAGCAGCGCGGCAAGAUUUUGGCCGGAUGGGUCACCCGUAAGAUGCGUACCCUCGCGCAAUUCGCCAUUCGAGACAUGGAUCCCAAUAGCAUCGUGGGUGGCGACACUGGCACUGCAGACGGGCCCGACGCUCACAGAGCCUCUGUCAGUAGCCAGAGGAGUAUGACCAUGAACGGCCUGGCGGCUGGCUCCUCGAGCCUCCGCAACGUCGAACACGCACCGCAGAUUUUGGAACAGGAGGAAUUCGAGCACCAGGUCGGGCAAAUGGCAUCUCUCCCUCACCCGAGCCAAGACGGCAUUGCGGAGAUGCCCGGUGAUGAGGGCCCUGCAUUCGCACAGCAGAUUACCGCGCCGCCGGGCCACGGCUACGUCUUGCCAGACUUUGACCAAUUCGGUCGCGAGGAUGGUGGUCCCCCGCCCGUAGGAGCCAAGCCGGGCCAGACCCCGCCGACGAUCCACCUCCCCGGAGUCGACGGCCGCGAGAGCAUGGGUCUGUGGAAGAAUCAACCGGGUGGGGGUGGUGGUGGUGGUGGCGACCAGGACGAGGAGGACUGGACGGCCCAGGCUCUCAUGCACAUGAACCUCGCCAACGACCUGGAGAGAAAACAGGGUCAGCAGCAUUGA